UCUCAAUUGGAUGUCAACAAAAUUUUUUUUUUUUGGUAAUUCUAUGGUCAUUUCCUUUCUGGGUUUUUUGAACUUUAAUGAUAGUCACCUUUAAAACUUAUUCAUUGCUUGAUAAAAUGUGCUCUGUUUGUGCGGAAAAUGGAACAUGAUCAUGGGUGUCAACAAAUGCCCUUUCUUUUCGAUGUUUGAACCUUUUUCUAUUAGAGUUUCAGUUAAAAUUUCUAUUUUGAGGACUGUUGUUUGAAAUUCUGUUGAAGAUCAUAUGAUUGUUUAAUGUUGGUGCCUGGGAUGAGAGUUCCACUUGCACAACUUUAUUUUUGCUUGAUUAAAGAUGGGAAGGGUUAAACUAAAAAUAAAAAGGUUAGAGAGCUAUAGCAACAGGCAAGUUACAUAUUCCAAACGCAGAACUGGAAUCUUGAAGAAAGCUAAGGAAUUGUCAAUAUUAUGUGACAUUGAUAUUGUCCUUCUCAUGUUUUCUCCCACCGGAAAGCCUACAUUAUUCCACGGAGAGCGCAGCAAUAUUGAAGAGGUUAUUGCAAAGUUUGCACAAUUAACACCACAAGAAAGGGCAAAAAGGAAGCUGGAGAGCCUCGAAGCACUGAAGAAAACCUUCAAGAAGUUGGAUCAUGAUGUAAACAUACAGGACUUUCUAUGUGCAACCAGUCAAUCUGUUGAGGAAAUGACUAAUGAAGUAUCAGUGUUGCAAGCUCAGCUUACCGAAGUACAGAAGAGACUGAGCUACUGGAGUAAUCCAGAUAAAAUUGACAACGUAGAACAUCUUAGGCAGAUGGAAGAUUCACUUAGAGAAUCCAUUGAGUGUAUCCGUAUACACAAGGAAAACUAUGGAAAGCACCAUCUUAUGUCACUAGAAUGCAAUAGCCAGUUUCAGAAUGGGAUACCUUUGCCUAUGAUGAUUGGUGGGACGCAAGAAGCCCAACCCGUUACAUGGCUUCCCAACAAUGAAAAUCAACAUAUGUUAUUGCAUAAUGAACCAAACUUUCUACCUCAUCAAGAUACAGAGUGCUCUGCAGAUGGCUCCCUUGCCGGCUAUUCUGGUUUCUUUGUCUCUGGUAAACAAACAGAGAUAGGGAGUUCAGGACAAGUUGAUAAUGUAGUACAGGAAAGUAAUGCCCUGAAUGAGUUAGGGAGUAAUGCUUGCUUAAGUGUGGAACUUGGUGAGCAAUAUUUCUACCCGCCGUAUAGUGCUUCAAAUUUGCAAGAUAAUGAGAAGCUGAGGCCAGAGAUGGAGGCUAACUUACAAGGAAAUCCUGCUGUUUUCCAAGUUAUUAACAACUUUGAGAUCCCUAGACCAAUGUAUAAUAGUGGGCAUCAAGCUUGGGUAUCUUCUUCUGGCCCUUGUAGCAUUGCAAUGUUUGAUGGGAAUUCUUACCAGCAGCAAACUGAUUCAACUUUCAUGAAUCAGACACCUCCAUCUGGUCAGUGUCACAAUUUGUAGCUGAAGGACUUGCAUAUGUGCAUCAGAAUCUGAGCAUAUCCUGCUUGUGGCCAUUUGUUUUGAUAGAAUUGGUCCAAUAAUGGAAUUAAUAGGUGAAACAUGCAGCACUGCCCAAGAGAUGGACUAAUGUCACCUGGUCAUUUUUUGCUGCUAAACAUAUUUAUUGUAUAUUUAGUGUAACCGUUACCAGAUUACUGGCUUCUGUAUGUGAACUCGUUUUCUUUUUUUGUUUUUGUCUUUUAUUUUUCCUAACACAAUUUUCAAGGGGAUGGGUCUUGAAAUUAUUGCCCAGUCCCCCAACUUGUACACUAUAAUACUCUGUAGAAAAUGAAAAUAACUUUUGCUACCAUUAGUUUCAGUUGAAAU